CCAGGUAUCAGAGGCCCGGGACAGAGCACGCCCAGCACGCCAAAAGCCCCCGAGGGUUGCGUGACUCCGGCAGGGCGCCGCUACCGCUUCCACUGAUCGUUUCCUGGGAGCAUGAGAGUAAACACACAGGAAGGAUAAUCUGCGACUCUGACUGGGAACCCCCGCACCAUCUUUAAAAUUACAAUAUUCUACAUCUUAAUUUACAGGGGUUUUUUUGUUUAAUAAUAAUAUUGUGUGUGUGUGGGUGUGUGUGUGGGUGUGUGUGUGGGUGUGUACUUUGUUAAUCUGAUCCUAAAGUUUGGGCUUCAGAAGUGCCUGUUUUCGGGGGCUGAUUCUGGAAUCUGCGUCCCGGCGCGCAGGGAAGAGGAAGAAAAAGCAGAGGAAGAAGUUCGCACCAGUUUUUGCCUCCAAUCCAGAGGAGGUUUCAAUAGCAGCGGCGCGGCAGGGGAGGGACGCACUGCCAGCACUCGGGAUACCCACCAAGUCACACACACACACGCAUUCUCUCUCUCCUUCUCUUUCGUCUCUCUCUCUCUCUCUCCGUCUUUCUUAGACACACACAAACACACUCCUGCCCACUGGAGACCAGUUAAAUCCGCAAGAAAACUGCAAACGCGCAUCAGAGCGGUCGCCUAAUCCGAUUGAUCGGUCCAGACAAGACGCGUGAAAACUGGAGGAACUACUGGACACCGCAGAGGACAACUUGCUCUUUUGAUUUUAUUUCCCCCCCCCUCACUGUGAGAUCGGGGUAAAAAAAAAAAAUUGUUUUUUUUCCACAUUUUAUUUUAAGGAAGUUUUGGCCAACAAGAGGCACCAUCUUUAGAGAGAAUGAGGCAGUGUAAAGGCUGGAGCUUAGUGCUGCUGAUGGUUUUGGGCCUGGGGUCGUUGGCCCAGAAGCUGCCUACGAGAGACGAAGGACUCUUUCAGAUGCAGAUCCGAGACAAGUCGCUGUUCCACGACUCGUCCGUCAUUCCAGACGGAGCUGAGAUCAGCGGCUACCUCUUCAGGGACACGCCAAAAAGGUACUACUUUGUGGUGGAAGAAGACAACACCCCGUUGUCUGUGACAGUGACACCUUGUGAUGCUCCUCUGGAGUGGAAACUGACCCUGCAGGAGCUGCCGGAGGAGUCCAGUGGGGAAGGAUCAGGAGAGCCUGAACCCCUGGACCAGCAGAAACAGCAGGUGACUGUAGACGAAGGCACAGAGCUUUUCACCUACAAGGGAAACGAUGUGGAGUCCUACGUGGCAACAAGCACGCCCUCUGGUCUCUACCAGCUGGAGUUGCUGUCCACUGAGAAAGACAGCAACUUCAAAGUGUACACCACCACAACUCCGGAGUCUGACCAGCCUUAUCCGGAGCUGCCCUACGACCCCCGUGUUGAUGUGACCGCGUUGGGUCGCACCACAGUCACGCUAGCCUGGAAGCCGACGCCGACAGGCUUUCUGAUGGGCCAACCUGUCCAGUACUGUGUGGUAAUUAACAAGGAGCACAACUUCAAAAGCAUGUGUGCCGCUGAGGCCAAAAUCAGUGCCGAUGAUGCUUUCAUGUUGGCUCCAAAGCCCGUCAGAGACUUUAGCCCUUUUGACUUUGUGCACUUUGGCUUUGUUCCCUCUGACAAUGGGUUUGGCAAGGAGAGAGGCCUUACUAGCAACAAGAUUUCACGAGCAUAUUUAGCCAAACCCAAAGUGUCUGACAUCCAGAAGGUGUGCAUUGGCAACAAAAACAUCUACACCGUGUCAGACCUUAAACCAGACACGCAGUACUACUUUGAUGUGUUUGCCGUGAACUCGGCCACCAACACCAGCACAGCGUACGUAGGAACAUUUGCUCGCACCAAAGAGGAAGCCCGUCAGAAGACCCUGGAGCUGAAGGACGGCAAAGUGUCGGAUGUUUUCAUCAAGAGGAAGGGCACGAAGUUUCUACGCUUUGCUCCCGUGUCUUCGCACCAGAGGGUGACGCUUUUUGUGCACUCGUGUCUGGACUCGGUCCAGGUGCAGGUGAGGCGAGAUGGCAAGCUGUUGCUGUCGCAGAACGUGGAAGGGGUGCGGCAGUUCCAGUUACGGGGAAAGCCGAAAGCCAAGUACCAGAUCCGCCUUCGAGGAAGCCGGAAAGGGGCCUCCACGCUGAAGGUGCUCGCCACCACGCGGCCCAGCAGCAAGCAACCCUUCCCUUCUCUACCCGAGGACACCCGCAUCAAGGCCUUUGACAAGCUGCGCACCUGCUCCUCCGUCACCGUGGCCUGGCUGGGCACGCAGGACCGCAACAAGUAUUGCAUUUAUCGAAAAGAGGUGGCUGACAGCUUCGGGGAAGAGCAGCGACGCAGGGAGCAAAAUCAGUGUGCCGGGCCAGAGACCCGCAGGAAGUCCGAAAAGGUGCUGUGCAAGUACUUCCACAGCCCGAACCUGCAGAAAGCUGUGACUACAGAGACCAUCACGGGUCUGGAGCCAGGCAAGACCUACCUGCUGGACGUUUAUGUGGUGGGACACAGUGGCCACUCAGUAAGAUACCAGAGCAAACUGGUGAAAACAAGGAAAUACUGCUAAAUGACUCUGCAAAGAAUAAAUCUAUUAUAUAAAUAUAUAUAUAUUAAAUAAGUUUAUUUAACACUAAGUGAUAUUCUACUAAGAAGUGUACACAGACUGACUACUCAUGCAGCUGAUGGGCCCGUAGUAGAGACUCAACUGUUUGUAGAGAAAGAGAAAGAUAUCAACCUGUAUAUUUAUGUUUACAUUUUUAUCUCGGCGCGUCCGAGAGGCCCGAAGCGUGAGCUGCUUUUCCUACCAGGCUUGUCGUCUUGACAUCGAGUUGCCGCCAGGGAGGGGGGGCCGAACUAAAGCGAAAAAUCACAUUUCCUCCCGCGCCGGUUCCUGUGUCGCUGCAUGACGUUUGCUUUCGUCCGUCACAUCCUUCGGUAAGAAUCACGGCGACCGGAGGAGAUCCAGAGGCUUCCCGCUUUGUAUAGAUCUCUCAACUGCAUACUCGUUUCAUGUUUUAGGAGAAAAUUUAAAUUAUUUUAUACUUUGUGUCUAUAUUUUUGAUCGUCUCUUUUUAUUGAUGACAGCGUCGGCUGUUCCAGAUCAUUUCCGGUUUUUAUGUGGAAGCUGUAGUUCAAGACAUUCCCUUUUUGUAUCCCAGCCAGUGUUUUCCUCUAGAGCCCAUCUUGUAAAUGUAUUCUGUUUUGUGCUGGAGAUCUGCGUUGUUAUCACUGUAUCGCUGUGUGUGCACGUGUGUGUGUGAGUGCGUGCGCGAGUGAGUGUGUCACAUGUACAGAGAUGUCCUGCCAAUAUUCAUGUACAUAAAGCCUAAAUAUAGAACAAGUAAUCCCUGUGUCA